CCUUUCCCCAAGUGUAAACCCUAGCUACUUGUAGCCAACUCUUAAUUCAGGGUAUCCGUGAGUGGAUUGGUCGGUCAAUAUCCUGCUAUUUCCUCUGAUCUGCUGAUUGAUCCUCUAGAUCCAGCCUUUGGGCUUCUCUCCCUAACGCGUGCCCGAUCCGAUCGAUCUGCAGACUCAGAAUCGGUCGAUGGGGUCCUUCCUCUCGUCGGCUGCCGGUGCCACGGGCGAGGUUGAUCAUGGCGCACGCGCCCACCGCUCUCCUACCAUAAAGGAGUGCACCCGCCUUAUGACAAACCAGGAGCUAGCUCGGUUAGACGGAUACGAUCCAGUAAGCUUCCAAGAACUCAUGGCCAGAGGAAAUGCUGGCCGCCCCACGUUGUUACAAGACGAGGCUGACUCCGCCGCCGUUUGUAAGCUUGUCCGCUGCGCCCUCAAACACUACAACUCCAAAAACCCGGGCGUCGACUUCGAGUAUCCCGCCGAGCUGACAACGGAGAUGAAGGCCACUGGUAUCAGUUUCAGGAAACGUUUCUGGUACCACGUCGGUUUCUUGGCGCGCCGGAGGAAUGCUGGCGCUGAUGAUGAGUUGCAACACUUCUUUGCCGAGCUACGCUUCAAUGAGUGGACCCGCAGACCAAAUGUUCAAACAUGCACCAUCUUAGAAAAGCCGUUGUGCCGCUUCAGAAGCAGGUGUGCUUUUUGUACAGAUGGGUCUAAGGUUUUGCACCCAAGUGAUACGGAAUUUGCGUGUGGAAAGGAGGGGCACGAAAAGGAAUUCUUCAACAAGAAAGAUAUGCAAGUGUGGCCGAUUGAUCCUAUGAGACAUGCAUCACAGAUGUAG